AUCAUGGCGGUGGUCCGUCUGUAUGAUUCUACUAUUUGUCGGCUAUGUGCGGAAGACAAUGGCAAUGGAGAAUUAUUGUAUAGGGGUGAGGGUGAUGAUACAGAUUUAAGUUCUAUGGUGAAUCGCUAUUUACCAUUAAAGGUACGAAAGACUUUUAAAUAUACUCGAAUAUUAGACUACAACUUGACUUCCUACUGCUCACUAAAUGAUCCAUAUGGGGGCUCCACUGGUUUUCGUUAUACGAGUUUAUCGACUACUACACAGAUCAAAUAUUCAAUAUCGUUCUUGAUGAUCAAUUAUCAUUAAGUGAGCACCGCAAAAAUUAAUCUUUAUUGAUAUAAAAAUAAUGAGGCUAAAAAAUGAAUACACGUUCCCUUUUGUUACUAUUUACACCGUCACAUAUACUCUCAUUAUUGGUUAAAAAACUUGUAUUUAACGAACACGUGUUUAUUUUAUCCUAUCUACUCCUUCCUCGUUUAAUGAACUGUUAUUACUGUUCACAUAAAAUCAUUAAUUUAACAUAUGAUAUCUUAUGAAAACAUCAAAGAUUUGAAAAACAUGAUAAAUUACGUUGAGCAGUUCUAUUAUAUAUUAUUUUAAAGUGCUGAGUUGAAAACUAUUCUCUUAUUAUUUUAUAUCAUAAAGAAACAAAUAUAAAAAUUGAUUCGAGAUGAUGGCAAAUUACCUAGAACAAUCUGCCCUGGCUGUAAUAUUCAGCUGGAGGCUACUGUACAAUUUUUUAAAUUAUUGGUGGAUGGGCAACAAAAAAUACGAGAGAUGUGGAAACAUCAGGUCGAAUUGCAAAGAAAAGCAGAAAGAGAACGUUUACGUGUUGAGAGACAAAAUACAGAAGUUAUUACAGGAUUACCAGAUUCUGAUAAUAACAUAAGAAAUAGUGAAGAUAAUCAAUUAGAACAACAGAUAAUCAUUAAAGUAAUGCCUGAUGGAUCUUUAUAUACUGCUGAACAUGAAAUAAGUUUGCAAAUGGAAGGCUUAAUUAAACCAAGACGAAAAAGAGGUCGGCCUCCCAAAGUUCAUACUGAUAUGGAAUCUAAGAUAAUUUUAAAAGAAGACAUUAUAGAAGGAGUAAGUCAAGGUGAAGAAGAUAAACAAGAGGAAGAGAUUGAAGAAGUUGAUGGUGAUGGUAGACGUCGUAGAAAGCGUAAAGUUCCCAAAAGAUUUAUGGAAGCUGUUCAAGGCAAAGAAUUGGAAAGAAUAUUUAAGGAAGAAGGUGUUAUAGAUGAAGAAGAGGACGAAGAAGCUGAUCAUUUUGAUGAUUCUGAAGAACGAUUAAAUGUCUCAAUUCCAGAUGGUCAAGAAGAAAUAAUUGGACAUUUAGAAACUGAAGAAGGAAAGGAUUUAGGAGAAUUAGUAAUCGUAAAUCGUGGAAGAGGCCGUGGUAGACCAAAAUUGCGACGUCGAAAAAAUAAAUUUACUUGCCAACUAUGUGGUAGAGGUUUUUUACAACGUAGUAGAUAUAUUGUACACAAAAGUUUCCAUAAAAGUGUAAAAUACGAAUGUAGAGAAUGUAAGAAGUUAUUUACAAACAAGGACAAUUUUGCACUGCAUCAAAAAAUGACCCAACAUACUGGAUGUGGUAUUACAGAAAUUAGUGAUGAACAUGAUAAUCAUCAAAACCAGACAGUUGAAAAUACAAAUUCGGUAUCGAAUAAUGCAUCGCCGAAUGAAACUAAGGAUUCAGGAAAUACAUUUACAAAUAAUCAGAAUAUGGAAAUAGUCACAGAGACUUCAGACAAAAAUGUAACAAAUAAUUCAGAUACAAAUAUUAUGUGUGGACAAUGUGAAAAAACAUUUCACACAAAAGAAUCAUGUGAAUUACAUGUAAAAAUAAUUCAUGAAAACGAAAAACCAUUUAUUUGUAACAUUUGUAAUAAAAGUUUUUCUUAUCAAACAAAUUUAAAAGGUCAUAUGCUAACUCAUGAGGGAAACAAAUCGGACAAAGGAUAUCCUUGUGAUAUUUGUGGAAAAGUAUUAAAUCAUCCAAGUUCUGUUGUAUAUCAUAAAGAAGCUGAACACAAUAAUGGCCGUCGUUUUGUAUGUAAUAAAUGUGGAAAGAGUUUUAAACAUAAGCAAUUAUUACAACGUCACCAACUUGUACAUUCUGAUGAUCGACCUUAUGUAUGCAAAUCAUGUAAUGCUAGCUUUAAAACAAAAGCAAAUUUAAUUAAUCACCAGUCUACACAUACAGGCGAGAAAAAAUAUUUUUGUGAAAUAUGUGGUCAACAGUUUGCUCAUAAAACCAGCUUGACUUUACAUUACAGGUGGCAUACCGGUCAUAAACCAUAUACUUGUGAAGUUUGUCACAAAAGUUUUUCCCAAAAUGGUAAUCUUCAAGAGCAUAUGCGCAUACAUACUGGAGAAAAACCAUACUGUUGUGAUUAUUGUGGACGUAAAUUUACAACUUCGUCACAAUUUAAAUUACAUGUUAAACGUCAUACUGGUGAACGUCCAUGGAAAUGUGAGUUUUGUGCCAAAUGUUUUCUACAUAAAGAUACCUGGAAGUGUCACGUACGUAGGCAUAAAGGAGAGAGACCUUUCCAAUGUGCCCAUUGUAAUCGUGGGUUUACAGAACAAUGGGCUUUAAAAAAACAUCUUCGGUUACACACAGGUGAAAAACCAUAUUCUUGUGAUGUUUGUGGAAAAGCUUUUGCUGAUUGUUCUAACUUAACAAAACAUAAAAAGGUGCAUAGAGAAAGCAAAGUUUUAACAUUAGGUGAAAUAACUGAAGGUUCUGCAGUUGGUGAAGUAUGGCAAAUCUUACCAGGCUCCCAAGAGACAGAUGAAAAUUCAUUAAGUGAUCAAAUGGCUCAAGUCAUUACGGCGGAAGAAACAUCUGCAGAUGGAAUACAACAAAUUAUUUAUGUCUCUUAUCAAGAUCCUGAUGAUCCCAAUUUAUCAAGAACAUUGCAUUUUGUUGAUGCUGGUAUGAUGCGUGAAAAAGAAGGAAUGGUAAGUACUCCAGGGCAAUCUUUACCUCAUUUGGAUGUUGAAAGUGAAAUACUCCCCGACCAAACGCAUAAUCACCACACAGCCAAUACUUCGGAUGAACGAAUGGAUAUGGAACUAUCGGAGCCAGAUUUACAAUUACAAAUUACAGAUGAAGAAGGUAAUCCAAUUCCACUUUCUAUACAAGACGCAAGACAAUUAUUAUCACAAGGACAAUUUGUUAGUCAGUUAAAUGAUGGUCAAACUAUUAGAGUUCAUUCAGGUGUAAUCACUCAAGAGUUUGCAGGAUCUUUAGGUGUUCAUGUAAAUCAGAAUAGUAAUGUAUCAACAGUGAAUAAUACUGCAAUCAAUGAAGUAAAUAAAACAAGUUCAAUAUCAACUAUACAAACGGAUGCAGAAGCAAUUGUCAAAGCAUUAGAAGAUGAAGAUACAGAUGCAACAGCUGUUGCUACUAUAAAUCAAAUGGGAGGCGAAGAUCAGGCAGAAAUAUCAGAUGGACAACAAGCUAUAGAAUUUACAACACAGGAUGGACAAAAAGUUCGACUUGUUGCUUCAUACCAUGUUGAUCCAUUGCAACUUGCUUCAGAGUACCUGACUAUUGUAUAAAAUCAAUAAUUUAUAUAGCAAAAUAAUUACUAACGAAUAGAACAAAAAAUACUGAUAAGUUAAUCAGACAAAAAAAUGAAUCAUAAAUAAAUGUAAUAUGUACUAAAUAUUAUAGCUUAAACUUAUUACUUAUCUAAUAAAAUGUAGCUAUUACAAUCAUUAAUAGUGUAUUUGCAAGUAGAAGUAAUGAAAUGGAUUUUAUUUUUUACUUUACUUUGGUUACAAACAUUUUAUGUAAUAAAUGUUAACAAGAGGGUAUAAAUUUAUUUUACAUCAUUUGGCAUAAUUGUUUUAAUAUUAAAAAGACGGAAAUGUGCGAGAAAUUUAAAACAAUUUCUGUAUAAAAGUCCUAUACUAUGUACACUGUGUACGAUAAAAUAAUAUUUAAACAA